GUGUCUCUUCCUUACCAGUUCUGCAGAAGUGAAAUGCUCCCUCUGUGUUGUGGGGAUUCAGGCGCUGGCUGAAAUGAACCGGUGGAGAGAAGUUCUGUCUUGGGUCCUACGGUAUUACCAUGCCCCCGAACAUCUGCCUCCAAAAGUUCUGGAGCUGUGUAUCUUGUUGUACAGCAAAGUGAGGGAGCCCCAGGUGAUGCUGGAGGUUGGCAGUAGCUGGCUGAGAGACCAAACUAACAAGAGCCUCCCCGAGUACGGUUCAUUGCUGGAGCUCUACCUGUUGCAUGUGCUGCUUCCGCUUGGCCGAUUUGAAGGGGCAGAAGAGCUUGUACGUGGCUGUGAUGUUUUCGACAGCGAGCGGCAGCUGGCAUUUCUUGGGACUAUUUGUGAAAGACGAUGUCAGUGGACUCAACAGGAAGAGAUGCGCUCAGCUGCUGAAGAGCAGCAAGACCCAGCAACAGAAACUGUUUUGGGUGCUCUGUCCCAAAAGCUGUUGACCUUGAUGACAUUGCUACGUAGAGCAUUGAGAUCCGUGUCUAGUCACUUCUAUUUACUCCCUUACAAAAAGAUGCUCUUGGCUACUUUUCUGCUGUAUCUGGUGGUGGUGAGAUUAGACCCAGCUUCUCCCACGUCACUGCCAUUCAUUUACAAACUGGUCCAGCUCUUCCGACAGGCUUGGGCAGCUGUAUUUGCUCCAAUCCAUAGGCCUCCAAUUCAAGACUAA